AUGCCUUGCUCUGGCGGAAGAAGGACUACAGUGGUGCUGGUUCUAUCUGUGAGAGGUCGGAUUACGAAAGAGGAAGAGGACGCCCUUUGCACGCUGCAGAUCCUCUUUGGGGCUACAAUCCUUGACUAUUUGUUCGUAUUAUUCACCGGUGGUGAUGAGUUAGAUAGUGAUAACCAGACGUUGGAAUCGUAUUUGGCCGAGUGCCCUGAUUUUCUGAAGGAUAUCUUCAGCUUGUGUGGCCACAGAAAGGUUUUGUUUUAUAACAGGACUAAGGAUGAAGACCAAAAGAAUAGACAAAUCCAACAGCUUCUCGACCAUGUUGCAGCUAUUGGAAUAAGAAAUGGUGGGAAACCGUUUACGGAACGGAUGCACCAUAAGAUAAAGGAAGAGACCAUGAGGCAUAGGAAAGAGGUAAAAGAAGCUGAAGCUAGGUUUUUAGCAAGAGAGAUAGAACAAGUGAAGAAGAAGUUAAAUGAGGAACAUGAGCACAAGAUGAGGGAAAUGGCAAAUAUGGUGGAGGAGGUAAUAGGAAAUGCUUGGCAGGAACAGCAGAGAUUGAAGCGUGUAAUCGAAUACCUGGGGCAAAGGAAAUCAUGCAACAUCAUGUAA